UAAUGUUGAAGCCACUCGUGGUGUGGGCCGUAGUGGCUAAUUUGGGCUUGAUAACACUUUCCGAAGGAAAUUUCGCUCCUUACCCAGACUCUGCAGUCCGUGGUAACCCUCACCGAAAAUGCCAUGGAUCUAACGAAGUUUUCAAUGAGUGUCCCAACCCAUGCCCACCACAGCGUUGUGGGGUCAAUAAAGCUGCGAUCCGUUGCGCAGCACCGCCAAAACCUGGUUCCAGUGACUGCAAACCUGGUUGUGUAUGUGCUAAAGGUCAUGUGAGGAAUAGAGCUGGUACUUGUAUACCUGAGAAAGACUGUGUGUAUGACUGUGCUAAAAAUGAGACACUGGACGAAUGUGUCUCAGACUGCCCACCUCGGUACUGUGGUGUGAACAUAGCUGUAGUAUUGUGCGCUCCUAUAGACGAAUGCGAUUGCAAGAAGGGUUGCCGAUGUAAAGAUCGUUACUUACGAAACGGUGAUGGAGUCUGUGUCCUCGAAAAAGACUGUCCUAAAUGCGACGGACUUAAUGAAGAAUACGACGUGUGUCCGAACCCGUGCCCUCCACAAGAUUGCGAUGUAGACCCAAGCACGAUUAGAUGCCCUGCACCACCUAAACCUGGUGAUAAGCGAUGUAUACCAGGAUGCCGCUGUUUUGAAGGCUAUGCUAGAAAUGCUUCUGGUAUAUGUGUACCUAGGAAUGAGUGUCCACAAUCAUGUGGCGAGAAUGAGAUCUAUUAUAAUGGCACCACAGAGAUUUGUAGACCUUUAGACUGUUCCCAAGUAGGGUUCACUGAACCUUGUACAGAUUCCAUAGAGGCUGGCUGUAUAUGUGACUAUGGAUAUGUUUGGGAUGAUGAAGGCAACUGCAUACCGAUGACGGAUUGUCCAUCUUGUGGAGGAGAUAGUAACGCUAUAUCAGGUUGUGGUACGAACUGCGGCAAACAUUGUUACGAUUACUACAACCACACAGUGCCUUGUAAAGAAAUAUGCUACGAAAAUGCUUGCGAUUGCCGAAAAGGUUUCUAUUACGAUCAUAAAAAAGGAAAAUGUGUUAAACCUGACAAAUGCUCAUCAAAAUGCCAUAAAAACGAGACACUAGACUCAUGUGUAUCAAACUGUCCACCUCGUUACUGUGGUGUGGAUAUAGCUGCAGUGUCAUGCGCUGCGAUACCAGAUUGUGACUGCAGGGAAGGAUGCCGAUGUAAAGACGAAUACUUACGGAAUGCUCAGGGAUUCUGUGUACAUGAGAAAGACUGUCCAAAAUGUUACGGCAAGAAUGAAGUCUACGACGUAUGUCCAAACCCGUGUCCCCCACAAGAUUGCAGUGUAGACCCAAGAGUGAUCAGAUGCGCUGCACCACCACAACCUGGUGACGAUGCAUGUAAGCCAGGCUGCCGAUGUAUCGAUGGCCAUGCUAGAGAUGAAAACGGUGAAUGCAUUCCGAGAGAACAAUGUCCUGGAUAUUGUGGAGAACACGCAAUUUAUCACGACGGUAGCUCACAGAUUUGUCGACCUUUGGAUUGUUCUCAAGUAGGCUUCCCUAUAAACUGCACAGAUGUCGAACCUGGUUGCAUAUGUGACUAUGGCUACGUUAGAAAUAGUCUUGGCGAAUGUGUACCAAUGAGAGAUUGUGAAUCAUGUGGAGGUGAUGAUAAUGCGUGGUCAGGCUGUGGAGUGAACUGUGGCAAACAUUGCUCUGAUGUAUUUAACAUCACAAGGCCAUGCCCUAAAAUAUGCUAUCCAAACGCCUGCGAUUGCAAAGAUGGAUUUUAUUAUGAUGAAAACCAAAAGUCAUGUGUUCCUCGAGAAGAAUGCACGAAACCUUGCGGAAAAGACGAAGUAUUUUCAAAAUGUACCAACGAUGACUGUACUCCGAAGAACUGUUCACAAUUAGGCUUCCCGAUGCCUUGUCUGAAAUCCGAUAGAACACGCUGCACUAAGGGAUGUAUUUGUAAAGAAGGAUUUGUCCGCGCAGAUAACGGAACUUGUAUUCCGAAGAAGGAUUGUCCUUCAUGUGGAGGUGAUCGUCAUGCCGUAUCAGGUUGUGGAGUAAACUGCGGUAGAUACUGUUCCAACUACAACGAAACAGAUAUUGUCUGUCCAGCUGUCUGCAAUACUAAUGGCUGUGAUUGUAAGAAAGGUUACGUGGUUGAUGACGACACUGGAAAAUGCAUACGCCCUUCACAUUGUGUAUCUUGUAAGGGCGACCAUCACGCUGAACCUGGUUGUGAUCAAGAUUGCUCCGAGCGCUGUCCUGGACCGAAGCCAGACGAAUGUGUUUGUUACAAAGACAGUUGCAAGUGCAAGGACGAAUAUGUGUACGAUCCUAAAGCUAAGAAAUGUGUUCGGGUUGAGUCUUGCAAACCCCCAUGUGGUAAGCACGAAGUCCUUUCGAACUGCAGUAAUGGUGGCUGUGGACCUUGGACGUGUGAUGAUGUAGGGUUCCCUACAGGCUGCGUUAAAAUGGAUCAAAAGUACUGUAAAGUCGGAUGUGUUUGUUUAGAAGGCUACGUACGACAAAAUGGAACUUGUAUUCCAGCUACUGAAUGUCCUUCAUGUGGUGGUGAUCCAAAUGCCGUAGCAGGUUGUGGCGGUAACUGCGGUAGACUUUGUUCAAAUUACAAAGAUGGCAAUGUAUCUUGUACAGCUGAAUGUCAGCAAAAUGCCUGUGACUGCAAAAAACGAUAUGUGUACGACGAGGAACAACAAAAAUGUGUUCAUCCCAAACAAUGUAAAAAAAGAUGCACUGGUAAAAAUGAGGAAUAUGUAUCCUGUCCCCAAACUUGUCCUCCACAAACCUGUGAAAGUAUUGGGAAAAUAUAUCAUUGUCCAAUGAUUAAAAUAGACGAAAAAGAUUGCAAAGGCGCAUGCCGAUGCAAAGAAGGCUUCUAUAGAAACAAAAUUGGCGAAUGCAUAUCGGAGAAAGAAUGCAAAAAAUGCCCAGGUCCUCACGAAUAUUAUUCAUGUGGCGGAGCGUGUGAUAAUGUGUGUGAGACGAUACACAAACAGAAUCAAACCCACUGCCCUAUUAAAAACAUACAGUGUAAUCGCAAGUGCUACUGUGAGAAAGGAUAUGCAAGAGAUAAAAACAAUACUUGUAUACCUAUUAAGGAAUGUCCAAAACAACCGCGUUGUAAAGAGAACGAAAUAUUUUCAAACUGCACCAAUGGAGGAUGUGACGCCAGAAACUGUUCGCAACUGGGACAACCAGUGCCAUGUGUUAAAAUGGACCCCGAUGACUGUAUAAAGGGCUGCAUUUGCAAAGAAGGAUAUUUGCGUGCAAGAAAUGGUACUUGUGUACCAAAAGAUAAAUGUGAUCAUUGCAACAGACCACAUGAACAUUACGAGUCAUGUCCAUCAACUUGUCCACCACAAACCUGUGGGAGCAUUGGAAAACAAUUCAAAUGUGCCGCAACUAAAGUUUGCAAAGGAGCGUGUCGGUGUGAUAAAGGAUACUAUAGAAACAAAAUUGGAGAAUGUAUUCGUAAAGAGGAUUGCUUGAAAUGUAGAGGUCCUCACGAAUAUUUCUCAUGUGGCGGUGCGUGUGACAAUGUAUGUGAGACGAUACAUAUACAGAAUCAAACACAUUGUCCUAUUAUAAACAUUCAAUGUAACCAAAUGUGUUAUUGUGAUGAAGGAUACGCCAGGGAUGAAAAUAACACUUGUAUACCUAUUGAAAAGUGUCCAAAACCAAAAUGCCCCAAACAUGAAAGAUUUGUGGAUUGUCCACCGGCGGUCUGCGCUCCACAAAAUUGUACACAGUUGGGCUUCCCCAUCGAAUGUCCAGACUACUCAGACUGUGGCUGUCCAGUACCUCCAGGAUGUAUCUGUGAACACGACUACGUAAGAAACAGUAAAGGAAAAUGUGUGCAUAAGUCAAAAUGUCCAUCAUGUGGUGGUGAUCCCAAUGCUCAAGCAGGUUGUGGAGUCAACUGUGGCAAACUUUGUCCCAACCAGUAUCCAAAGCCAAUACCUUGUCCAAAGAUCUGCUACCCAAAUGCCUGUGCCUGCAAGGAGGGCUUUGUUUAUGAUAAUAAUACAAAGCAAUGUGUUGACCCUGAAGAUUGCACACCCCCUUGUGGAGACAAUGAAGAAUUCUCAAGCUGCAUCAAUGGUGGAUGUGGUCCAAGAAACUGUUCGCAACUAGGACAACCAAUACGUUGUGUUAAGAUUAAUCCUGAUUAUUGUAAGAAGGGCUGUGUUUGUAAAGAGGGAUUUUUGCGUGCCAAAAAUGGUACUUGUGUUCCAAAAGAUCAAUGUGAUAAUCUAAAAUGUGGUGAAAACGAAAUGCCAGUAGAUUGUCCGCCAGCAGUAUGUGCCCCACAAAAGUGCACAGAGUUGGGCUUCCCUGUAGCCUGUCCAGAUUUCGUGGACGGUCAAUGUCCUGUACCACCAGGCUGUAUCUGCAAAGAAAACUAUGUGAGAAAUGAUGAAGGGAAAUGUAUACCUAAGGAAGAUUGCCCCUCGUGUGGAGGUGAUCUCAACGCUGUGUCCGGUUGUGGAGUAAACUGUGGCAAAAUCUGCCCUAACCAUAACAAAACAGAUAUGGCUUGUUCCGAUAUCUGUGAAUACAACGGUUGCGAUUGUCGAAAGGGCUAUGUUUACGACCAGUAUCAAGAAAAAUGUGUCAAACGUAAAAACUGCACAAUUCCAUGUGGUACAAAUGAACGAUAUGAGAAAUGUCCAGACAGUACAUGCGAACCGAAGACUUGCAGCGAACUAGGCUUUCCACUAAAUUGCUCAGCAAAUGCAGGAGAUGAAUGUAAUGGCAAACCAGCUUGUAUUUGUGACUAUGGCUAUGUAAGGAACAAAAAGGGAACUUGUAUUCCUAAAAAAAGUUGCCCAUCAUGUGGUGGCGAUCGGAACGCGGAAUCUGGUUGUGGUAUAAAUUGUGGUAGACGUUGUUCAAAUUACAAGGCUAAACACGUUAUUUGCCCUAGAAUUUGCAAAUUCAAUGCAUGUGACUGUAAAAAGGAAUAUGUAUAUGAUGAUAACACCGAUGAAUGCGUUAAGCCUGAACAAUGCACACCAACAUGUGGAGAAAAUGAAGAAUAUUCAGCUUGUGUCAAUGGAGGUUGUGCUGCCAGAAACUGUUCUCAGUUGGGAAAGCCAGUCCCUUGCGUCAACAUUAUUGAAGGUGGAUGUAUAAAAGGAUGCAUCUGUGUAGAAGGAUAUUUACGAGCUGAUAAUGGAACUUGCGUUAAAAAAGAAGAAUGUCCAGUGCAAUGCGGUGAAAAUGAGAUGCCCAAUGAAUGUCCGGAUGCUCUAUGCACUCCACAACACUGCUCACAGUUGGGUUUCCCCAUAGACUGUCCAGCACUGAGCGGUAACGACAGUGACACAUGUCCAGGAGAACCUGGAUGCAUCUGUAUAGACAACUAUGUCAGGGAUGAUACUGGCAAAUGUGUUCCUAUUGAUAAUUGCCCUUCAUGUGGAGGCGAUCCAAAUGCAAAAUCUGGUUGUGGUGUGAACUGUGGUAGGUUAUGCUCCAACUAUAAGAAAAAGAACGUAUUCUGUCCACUUUAUUGUAAACUUAAUGGAUGUGACUGCAAAGAAGACUUCGUAUUUGAUAGCAACGUAGGACUAUGUGUCCGUCCCACCAAUUGUACACCAACAUGCGGAGCAAAUGAAGUCUACAAACAGUGCGCUAAUAAAGAAUGCAAGAGAACGAAAUGCUCACAAAUAGACGAACCAACUUCUGAAGACCAUGAUGAUCCUACCCCUAAUGAUUCUGAUUCUUCUUCAUCUGACUCUUCUGAUACUUAUUCUUCUUCCGAAUCUUCUGAUACUUCUUCUUCUGACUCUUCUGAUUCUUCUUCUGAAGAGCCAUCAGAAACUGACGAGUCUUCUGAGUCUGAACCACAGUCUGAUGAGUGUGUUGGAGCCUGUGUAUGCCAAGAAGGAUACUUAAAGGAUGAUGACGGAGUCUGCGUGCCUGAAGACCAAUGCCCAAAGAAAUGCUCAAAACCGCAUGAAAUUUACGUGAAGUGCCAAAGAACGUGUCCGCCUCAAACCUGUGAAAGCCUUACAAGGGCUUAUGCUUGUCCGAAUCCACCAGAAGGCGAAGACCAUUGUACUCCAGGAUGCCAGUGUGAAGAAGGAUACUAUAGAAACGCAAUUGGAGAAUGUAUAUCAGAAGAGGAUUGUCUAAAAUGUACUAAUCCUUACGAGUACUUCACUUGUGGUACAUGCGAUAACGUGUGUUCUACAUUAUCACAGCAGAAUCAAACAAAUUGUCCGAUUAAGUAUAAGAAGUGCAUCCCUCAAUGUUAUUGCCUCAAAGACUACGCUCGAGAUGACAAUGGCAUCUGUAUACCAAUUAAACAAUGUAAUGUAUCGUGCAAAGGAGAUCCAAACGCAAUACCCGGCUGUGGUAAUUACUGCGGAAGACGUUGUUCCGACUACAAGAAAGGAGAUCUUAAGUGCCCUAUAGGCUGUUACUUGGGUGGCUGUGCCUGCAAACAAAGUUACGUGUACGAUGAUAAUAAGAAGAAAUGCGUUUUACCUAAAAACUGCACUCCGACUUGUGGUCCCAAGGAACGAUACGAGGAACAUCCUUCAAUGGUCUGCGAUCCUCUCACCUGUGACGAAGUAGGACAGGAAAAGAAGUGUCCCAGGAAACCGCGUCACAAUGACAGACCGACUUGCAUAUGUAAGAAAGAUCUCGUCAAAAAUGAUCAAGGCGAAUGCAUACCUAUGUCGGACUGUUGUAAGUGAAUAUUUACUGCCCGUGUUACUUGAUUCUGUUCUUUGUGUUAAUUUAUCAUUUUGGCUACAUUUUUAAAUAGUGAACAUUAAUAUUUGUGCUUUUAUAUUAUUUUUUUAUUGUUUAUGUUUAUAUGUGCGUUCUACUGUGCGCUCUAAAUUGCUUACGUUUGUGUGAAAUACUGUUUCUAAGUUAGUGAAUUAUGUGAGAAAUAAAGAUAUUCUAAACCUACACCAUGUCAAAAUACAUCAAUAUGUAACUCCCGUACUCAGACAUUUGCGAUUAUUUGAACUAUUCUUUAGUAACGAUUCUGUUCCGAUAACAAUGAUUAAGGACUGGGCUAAGUAAAUGACAGAGUAAGUGUGUUUAUACUAUUCACUAUAGAUUAUAUUAGACGACGCAGUUUGAACUUUAUAUCUAUGUGUAGGUACUUUUAAGUAUAUAGAUACAUAUUCAUCUUUAUUUCUUUAUUUUGACAAUUUAAAUAUUGUGACUGAUUUACUAUUGAAGUAUGUUUUGCUUGUUUAGUAAUCAACUAAGGAUAUUUAGGUACGGUUAUGCAUGUACCUAUAUAUGUUAUUUUCCGUCUUUAUACACUAUUGUUAAGAAAUUGUAAGUAAUAAGACACCGAAGAAAAACUGUACAGAAAAAUAUCGUCAUACUUUACUUAAGUACAAACAAUAAAUGUACAAUACUGUUAUUUUUAACGUUUAAAGUAAAACAUUGAUUAUACCAUUAUGUUAUCAAGGACGUCUCAAUUCAUAUACAUGUAACCAAUAGGCAUAUACCCAAUAUCUAUAAUAUACAAAAAAUAUUGAUGAAAAAAAAUCCGCUUGAUUACGAAUAUAAAGUAAUUAUAAAUAUAACUCAAUAGCGUAAAAUAUUAGCUUAGAUCAAUUAGCCUUUCAACCGUCGAUAUUAUCAAGUUAUAAUUUAAAAAAACAUAAUUAUUAAUCAUAUGAUAAGUGACGUACUGAGGCCGUUCAUUAAUUUAUUCCGUCGAAGGGUCCGUGCAUUACAUACAAACAUUUUUUUUCUUUGUGACUUCUUUAUUUACUGCCAACCUUAUAAUAUUGCGUAACAGAGAUAGACUCUUGACAACAGAUCAAUAAAAAACAGACAAAAUAAUACCGAGACUCUAGUCACUGGACCUAUGUAUUAUAUAGGUAGGUAUAAUGUAUAUCCAUCUACCUACUCCCACGCGGUUACACCCACUGCUACUCGGCUCCUGUUCAUUCGUAGCGUGAUGUUUGAUAGUCGUCCUCGAACAAUGACAAUCAAUAUUUAUUUUUCCAGGGAUUAUCACAUUCUUACAAACAACCUCUUAAACCUUAUAAUAUCGGUAGUAGAGUCUUGAGCACAUGGAUAAAGUGUGAUCCUAAAGUAGGAAUACAUAGAUACUUCAUUCCGUUCGGUUUCGAAAUUCCCGCUAGUUUCUAUUAUUCAAUUUCUACCGAUAUAAAUGAAAUCAGCGGACAGUUGAACCUUGUCAACUCAUUCGCAGUUGUUGAGCACGGAUCCCUAAACAUAAUGUGUAAAUGCAAUUGAGCAUGAACAGCUUCCAUUAUAAAUAAAUACUUGAUAAUUUAAUGUUUGUUGUCAUUGUAUUAAAAUAAAAGUUUGAGACCCAUUCGAACUGUUUUUUCUGUAGAUAUUAUUUGACAAGAUGGGACGUAUUUUGAAAAAGAAGACUAUUUUCAAAUUGUUUCAUUUGAUAGUAGCAACUAUUGUUCUUGUGUGUCACGUACAUUGUUUUGAUGAAAAUGAAAAAAAGCUCUCUGAAUGUAUGAACAUUCUAUGCACUCCACAAUACUGCUCCCAGUUGGGUUUUCCCAUCGACUGUCCAACACAGGAAGAUCCAGAUCAAAUCAAGGCCAAGUGUCAAGGAGUACUUGAAUUCGUGUGUAAUGACGGCUUUGUAAGGGAUGAUACUGGCAAAUGUAUUCCUAAAGAAAGUUGCCCAUCGUGCGGAGGUGAUCCAAAUGCAGUACCAAGUUGUGGUAGGCAUUGUGAUCCUACGUGUUUCGACGUCAAGGAUCAAUAUAAGUCUUUUAUUAAUGUCAACAUAUGUCCAGCUAUUUGUACACUUAAUUCAUGUAGCUGCAGAAAAGGUUUCAUAUUUGAUAGCAACGUAGGACUAUGUGUCCGCCCCGAAGAAUGUAGUUAAUAUUCAUAAUACUUAAAAAUAUUUUUAUUAACUACAUGAGAAGUUGCGUACUGAGGUCAUCAUACAUAACAUAAAUAAAUUUUUUUUCAUUGUGACUUCUUUAUUUACUGCCAAACUGCCAGCCUUACAAUAUUGCGUAAUAGACAUAGAUUUUUGACAACAGAUCAAUCAUAAACAGACAAAAUAAAACUGAUACUCUAAUCACCGGACUUACUGACAGGCACAUUGUUGAAACUUACCCCCAUUUAC